AUGUGGGUGGACAUCUGGGUGGGGGUGCCUACAGAGACGGAGGUUCCGUUCUCUCCCUUAGAGGAGAAAAUUACUGUCCUCUGGAAAAUGUGGGGUCCUGAAGACAGAGUUCAAUUUGCUGGCGUUCCGACUGCGGAAGCACCGCCUCCCACAGCUUUGCCCGUGCUGCUGAUCGACGCAAUCGACAGCAGCAGCAAAAGUCGGCAGCCAGUCUCGGAGAGAAGGCGUCUCUCCGCGGCUGUGUGCCCGCCUGAGGAUGCCCCGGGGGCCGACUCCGCGGCCCCGCCGUCCCCCCCGGCUGCCCCGCUGCCCCUCACAGGGCUGAGGGAGCCGCCCGCUGCUCCAGCGGCAGGGGAGCCGCCCCCGCCAGCUCGGCGGACACUGCGGGUCCCUGGGGCCCCUCCUGCGGUCGCCCCUCCAGCACAGCCCGUGAAGGCUCCGACCGCGGCGGCCCCGCCUUUGCCCGCCCCGCCGGUGGAGGAGGUUGAAGCUGGGAACAGCGACCAUCAAGCGGCGCCGCCCACGCCGGCCACCGCCGCGCCCUCAGCUGCAGGUUGGAGACAAAAAGUAUUUAUCAAAUUGUCUGGUGUAAAGAAAACAAGGGGAGACAUAAACCUGGUUUACUAUGACACACAGGGGCACUCAAAGAAUAUGAAAAAGUCAGUGGAGACCUCCCUCAAGAUGAUGUUUACACACAGUAUCUUGAUGUUGAAAUCAACCCCAAAACUACCACAAAAAUUGAAUUUCGCUGGAAUAAAGCCAUUUUCUCUCUGCUCUGGAAAGACUGGGAGCAGAAACAGUCAAUAUAAUACAUAGAACAGAUGGACAUAGGUCAACUUUUUGUGGUCAUGGAACUGUGGCAUAUGGAGAGCCUCAGAUACUUACACCUUGCUAGAGGUCCCCAAGGUCUGUACAUGGCAGCUGAGUAAACCCAAACUCUUGUGCAUGGAGAUCUUGGCACAAAACACAAUUAAAGCAAAUUUAAAAAAAAAAAA